AUGACUACGUGCCCGCCGUGCCCGGCUGCUGCUCGGCGGUCCGUGCGCGCGGGGCCCAGCAGGACGCUGAGCGUGUCCGCUGGCGCGGGGAGCAGAUCAGAAGAUAAAGUAACCUACUUUAUAAAGCAUGAUGGUGAAACAUGAACAACCCAAGGAAAAGUUGGUGAGUCCUUGCUGGAUUUCGUGAUGGACAAUAAUUUAGAUAAUGAUGGUUUUGGUGCUUGUGAAGGAACUCUGGCGUGUUCUACCUGUCACCUUGUCUUUGAAAAGCACACCUAUGAGAAGUUGGACGCAAUCAAGGAUAAGGAGUAUGACAUGCUUGAUUUGACAUAUGGACUGACAGAUAAGUAA